CAAACAAUGCAUACAGAUAGAUUCAUUGUUGAGUGACGACACCAAAUGUCCCCAAAUCAACCACUCCUUAAAAACGCUAACCUUCUAUAAACCUUAUCAAAAACCGCCUCAAACGUUUUCCUUCUAACUCAAAAUCAUGAAAAACAUAAAUUUUAUUAAUUUUGUGUAACCCUUAACUCACACCCCACUUUUUAUCCUUAACCUCACUUUAUCUUCUUAAAAACUCCUUGAAAAUUUUUUACUUAUUGUUUAUCAUCUUUAUUUUUCCGGUGUCUCACCAAGGUAAAUAAAAAUGAAUAGUUUUAAGAAAAUAUUCAAAAAACGCGAAAGCAAUGAGUCAUCGUCGUCGAUCCUAAUUAAUAUUGGAGCCCCGACCGAAGUGAAACACGAUGUUCAUGUCAGCAAGAAUAAAGAAACUGGUAAACUGGAGGGAUUACCUCAAUCAUGGCAGCGACAGAUUCAAUUUCAAAUCACAGAAACGGAAAAAAUCGAAAACCCAAUGGCUGUAGUUGAUGCCGUUAAGUAUUACAAUUAUGUCAUGAAAAAGAAAGAUGAACCAUUCAAAUUGCUUACUGAAGAUCGGAUUAAUGAAGAAACGAGGGCUAUCGAUAGGUUUAUGUAUUCAAGGGAUGCACAUAAAAGUAAAGAUUCCGAUACUGAGUUGAGUUCUGGGUCAGAAACUACAAGUAGGGGCUCCGAAGAUGAACCAAAAUCAAGUCCAAAGAAAGAGGAUGUAAACCAUGAAACUAGGAGGUGUGAAACCUACAUUAAACCAACACCAAAAAAUUUAACAUCUUAUCCAAACAUCGAAAAUCUAUCUCAACCGGAUAUCGACAUCGAAACCACCACAACCACUCCUCCAGCCACCAACAACGAACUAAUUUGCGUUUCUUCCGACUUUGAUGAUACUUUUAUUCGGCGUAAAAUCGACUCAAAUCCUCUAACAGAUCACGAUUACAUGCGCGAAUUAACUCAAAUUUGUAACAAAGGCGAUCCACGGAAGCGUUUUAAUAAAUCGUUUAAAGAUUUGGGUUCUGGCGCUUCCGGUAUCGUUUUUGUCGCAACCGAUAUUCAACUUCAACAAUCGGUCGCUAUAAAAUGUAUAGAUAUCGCUAAAACUUCUAGAAAAGAGCUUUUGGUUAAUGAAAUUAAAAUAAUGCGUGAUUUUAAACAUAAAAAUUUAGUUAAUUUUUUGGAUGCGUAUCUUUUAAAAGAAAACAAUUGUCUUUGGGUUGUUAUGGAAUUGUUAGAUGGUGGUCCGUUAACCGACGUUGUAACCGAAACGAUUAUGAAAGAAGGACAAAUCGCUGCAGUUUGUUACGAAGUUUUACAAGCGAUUAAGUAUUUACAUUCAAAAGGUGUAAUUCAUCGUGAUAUUAAAUCGGAUAAUGUUUUAUUGGGGAUGGAUGGUUCUGUUAAAGUUACCGAUUUUGGUUUUUGCGCGAAUAUCACUGGGGAUGAACAAAGAAGUACCAUGGUUGGUACCCCAUAUUGGAUGGCGCCAGAAGUUGUUAAUCGUUAUAAAUACGGUAAAAAAGUCGAUAUUUGGUCUUUAGGCAUUAUGGCGAUUGAAAUGAUCGAUGGUGAACCCCCAUAUUUAAAAGAACCCCCGUUAAGAGCGUUGUAUUUAAUCGCAGCAAACGGGAGGCCAAAAGUUACCAGAUGGAACGAUUUAUCAAGUAGUUUGCAAGAUUUUAUCGAUUAUUGUCUUCAAGUUGAUGUUGAUAAAAGGGCAACCGCCAAUGCUUUAUUGGAUCACGACUUUUUAAAAGAUCGCCAUGAAUUGAAAACUUUAGUACCGCUUAUUAAAGCUGCUAAACAGAUUUUAAAGAAAUAGAAUUUUAAAACUUAUUGAUAUAUUAUCGAGUAAUGAAACGAGUGUGCCUUUUUUUUGAGUGCAAAAAGAAUUAAUUAUAAAUUAAAUAAAAUAUACGACUGAAAAUUUGCAUUUUAUAUACAGUGCUAAGAAAAUUUAUAUUUUUACGUUUUAAUAAAAAUUAUAAGGAACGUAAUAUGUAUUUCCAAUCGAUAUUUAUGUAGGUUUUAAUUUUAAUUUCGAGGUUUUUUUUGUAUCGUAUUUGUAUACAAUUUAAGGUUUAUUACGAUUUGAUAAUCUUGUACAUUUUUUUAUGAGAAGUGGAUAUGAAAAGCUCAAUAAAUUGUCCUUAAAAAAA